AUGGCGUGUCUGGCUGCUGUCCUCUGCAUGGAUGUUGCCAACUCGCUGUUGUGCUACAUCUGCACCAACCAGGGCAGCAAUGAGCAGUGCCUGAUGACUUCCCCGUGUACCAAGAAUGAGACAGGCUCAAACGCCCUGUAUUGCUACACCUGCGAGUGGGAGCAAAGCAACUGGAGCUGUCUGAAGGCCAAGAAGUGCUCGGACAAGGAUGAGUACUGUGUGACCAAUGUUGCCUCUGUAGGAAUUGGCUUUUUGUCUUUAUGGAAGAGGAUCACCAAGAAGUGCUCUGAGACCUGCCCACGCCACAACUUCAGCCUGGGCCUGGCUACCUACACCUCCUAUUGCUGCCAAAGCUUCUUGUGCAACCUGAGUGCAUGCCCAGGACCCAGGCUAGCAAAAGACUGA